AUGGAGCGCUAUAAUGAGGUUAAGGUUCUCCUGAAGAAGUGGGAAACUGCAUUUCUGCAAGAGCACAAGAGGAAACCCAACAAGACAGAUGUGGAAAGUGCUUCCAACGAGACACAAGAACUAUACAAAGAAUUCAAAUCUCUGAAAAAGGAACAGCUGGAUAUUUCCACUGAUACUGUGUUCACUCCCAAGUCUGGGCAAGUCAUGGAGACGUCCCCAAAGCCGACACACAGGGCUGAUGCUGCAGGGGAUUCUGAGGGCUCUGCUUCUUGGGGUAUCCACCUAAAUCGUGCCAGUGUAACCCCAAAACUGACCUCAAAGGAACGGGAUUCUCUGAAAGCCUCAGCCCAGUUUUAUGGAAUGAAACUUAAAGCCAAUCUAGGAGGAGCCUUGAGGGAGCACCCUGUGUCCUUGAAGAAAUCAUUUACUCCUCGUUUCCGACCUCUUGACUCUCCAGAUGUUAAAAUUAAGAACAAUUUGGCUUCCCCAAAAUCAUUGGAUACUCCUAGCUCUCCUCUUGCGUUAUUACAAGAUCCUCCAUCUGAACCUUUUGACACCUUGUCUCACGUGUCCCUUAAGGAGCCUCCACAUAAGCCAGUUAUGAAUCCACCCACCCAGGGGCAGCCAAUAAAGAAACAGCAUCAGCUCCAGGCUAUGGUUGGACAACGUAUGGCCUCCCUUAACCAGGAAUGGCUGCAAAGGUGCGAACUAAGAAAUGGAGUGGAAGCAAUGGAGGUCACAGCUGCUGAGCAGAGGACUGUUAACAGGCAGCAGUGCAACACUAUGAGGGAGGCUUUGGGUGAAGGGGCAAUAGAAGAAAAUUGUAAAUCUGUGAAAGGUCCUCCUAAUAAUGAUGAAUUGACACACUCCACACAACACACAGUGGCCUCACCAAAACAGAAAGUACAGGCUUACACCCCUGUCUUCUCUCCGCAUGCAGCAGCUCCUUCACUGCCCCUCACGUUUGGGAGGCAAGACACAAGACCAGAAAAUCCUAAACUGAAAGCUGAGGAAAUAUCAGACUUUGGCAGGAGUAGUAGUGUUAGAUCCCAGGGCAAUGAUUUAGUGUCCCCUGCAAUCAGAAGAGAAGAAAUCUGGGAUCCUGAACACCAACCAUUAAAAAGGAAAUCUCCAUUAAGAAAGCAGAUUUGUGGAGAAAGUAAAAUGUCAAGUGAAGCUGGACAGGUGGCUCAAUUGGACAGCAAGGGGCCCAUGUCUGAGCAUAGCAAAAGGUGGCAGGACACAGAUGAGAGUCGGGCUAUGAAGAACAGAACUGGACAAAUGCAGGAGAGCCUACAGGAGGUUGAUAUGUCACAAGAGAAUAUAGCUGCUGAGCAGGUAUCCGUUAUCUUGGCCAAAGGGAAAAGGAAGAAGAGGCAGAGGGAGACAUCAGCAGAACCAGACACAGUGGAGGUCAGCCCUAAGGUCAGUAAGAAGAGACGUAAAACAAACAGGAGCCCAGACAACAGCGAGAACUCCAGUUCUGUGCGUAAAAGACGGAAAAAAGGCGCCAGAUGCCAGAUGGACGACUCUGAUGAUCCCGCAAUGGAAAGUCCAGCCAGCGAGCAAGUUACUAAAGCAGUGAGUGAGGAUCUUUUUGGAGAAUUAGAGGAAGAGCCUGUGCAAAGAAGCAGUGUGAAAACAGUAAAUACCAGGAUGCCCCAAAUUAAAUCGGAGAACUUUGUGAGGAUCAACUUGAAAAAGAAGUCCCAUGUGAAAUGUGUUGCCCUGAAUGGCCACAGGCUGAGGAAACAGAUGUGGAAACAGAAAUGGCAGAAGAAAGGGGAGCAGUUUGGAGGAGGAGGAGGAGGAGGAGGAAAGCACUUUAAUCGCAGUGGGGAUACUUGUUUCCGAUGUGGAGGAAUGGGCCAUUGGGCAUCACAAUGUCCAGGCAGUGUGCCUGUGGUGCGACAGGAGGUGGCUGAGACUGAAGAAGAAGAAGAGGUUUCCCUACCAACACUGGAGGAUGUGGCAAGGAUGACCAACACACAGCUAAGACCCAACACGAAUGAAGGUCUGUCCGGAUGGUGCCAGGAUCCUGUGGUUACUGUGAAUGUAGUUAGAGCAGUGUAUGAGCCCCCAACACCACCUCCACCUAUGCAACCGCUGUAUGAGCUGGGACCAGAUGGGAGAGUGAAAGAGACUCCAUCUGAGGUUUAUGACAACCUCUCUGAGCUGGGAUAUCGCAGCUUCCGGUCGGGGCAGGAACAAGCUGUAAUGCGAAUUCUCUCAGGGCUUUCAUCGCUGGUGAUCCUAUCAACAGGAAUGGGCAAAUCCUUGUGCUACCAACUGCCAGCUUAUAUGUAUGCCAAACGAUCCCGGUGCAUCAGUUUAGUUAUCUCUCCCCUUGUGUCGCUGAUGGAUGAUCAGGUCUCUGGACUGCCCCCUAAGCUGAAAGCAGUCUGUAUCCACUCAAAUAUGACAAGAACUCAGAGAGAGGCUGCAAUUGAAAAGGUGAAACAGGGCAAAGUGCAUGUACUUCUCCUCUCCCCCGAGGCGCUAGUGGGAGGGGGCUUUUCUGGAUCCAGCUGCUUGCCUCCAGCCGACCAGCUCCCUCCAGUAGCAUUUGCUUGUAUAGAUGAAGCUCACUGUGUGUCUGAGUGGUCCCACAAUUUCCGUCCCUGUUACCUGCGCUUGUGCAAGGUACUUCGUGAGCGUCUUGGAGUUAAUUGCCUUCUUGGCCUCACUGCCACUGCAACACGGGCAACUGCAGAAGAUGUGGCACAUCACCUGGGGGUGUCUCCGGAAGGAGGGAUUCCUGUGCGAAUGGCUUCAGUGCCUCCAAAUUUGCAUUUAUCUGUCUCCAUGGACAGAAACAGAGAUCAGGCUCUUGUCACUCUGCUGAAAGGGGAACGAUUUGGGUGCUUGGAUUCAGUCAUCGUUUAUUGUACCCGAAGGGAGGAGACUCAGAGGAUCUCGGCACUGCUUAGAACCUCCCUCCAGGGGGUGACAGUGAGCGCCAACAGCCACCUGAAUUCACAGGAACAGGAGGAUACGACUGUGUCUGACAGAAAGAAGGCACAAGCCCUAAAGAAGAUCCGGCGCCCUUUAAAGUGGAUUGCCGAGUCUUACCAUGCCGGGAUGUCGGCUGCGGAACGCCGGAGAGUACAGAAUAAUUUCAUGUGUGGCCAGCUGCGGCUUGUAGUGGCCACUGUGGCCUUCGGGAUGGGACUGGAUAAGUCUGAUGUACGAGGGAUCAUUCACUACAAUAUGCCCAAGAACUUUGAGAGUUAUGUGCAAGAGAUUGGAAGAGCUGGUCGUGAUGGCAAGGAUGCCCAGUGCCACCUGUUCUUGGACCCCGAGGGACAGGAUAUGGAUGAGCUCCGCAGACACAUUUAUACUGAUUCAGUAGAUUACAUUGCAGUGAAAAAACUAGUACGGAAGGUUUUCCCUAAAUGCAAAUGCAGAGACCUACACAGGGAGCAGCAGGCACUGAUCAACGCAGGGGAGGUGGAUGACAGUGAACUCUUGCAAUUCCUGGAACAAGGGGAGGAGCAGGAUAGUAUGUGUGACACGCCCAGCAGUGGGAGGGACCCUGUGUGCGACACACCCAGCAUGGGGGCAGAACGUUUGUGUCACAGACAUGAGAGAGCAGUUCCUAUAGAGGAGACUGUGCAGAGUUUGGACAUCAGAGAGGAAGCCAUAGAGACCAUGCUGUGUUACCUAGAGCUGAACCCUUCCCAUUGGCUGGAGCAGCUGCACCCCACUCUCUCCCACUGCCGUGUCGUAUGUUACAGUGGCCCCCAGCAACUGCGCCUACUUGCCAGAAGCUGCCCCCCGGUGGCUGUGUGUCUGGCUCGGGAGCGCCUUGCUGGGGUUGAUCACACACAUGUAAGCUCCACGGAGUUUAAUGUGGUGGAGCUGGCGGAUUCCAUGGGGUGGGAGGUUGUCCCUGUGAAGAGAGCCCUGCGAGACCUGCAAUGGAGGAGACAGCCUGACAAAGGGUUCAAAGGCACAGGCAGGAGUGGGGUGCUGGUGGAAUUUAGCAAACUAUCCUUUCACUUCCGCUCAUAUGGUGACCUGACUGAUCAGGAGCUGGACCAGGUCUGUGACUUUCUGCAUCACAAAGUGACUUCCCGGGAAAGAACUUCUCUUAAUCAGCUCAAGUCUUGUUUCCAUGCCUUCCAGAGUGUGGCGUACAGGACCAGCAGCGCGUGUGCAGAGAAGAUGAGUGCAGAGAGAAGUGCCCAGCUGAAAGCUCUGCUCUUGGACUACUUUGAGAAAAGAGACACAGAACUAGAAGCCAAAGUGGAAGAUCCUGAUGAAGAGCUCCAACAAAUUAAGGUCCAAGAGGCAAAAGACCAGGUCCGUUCUGAUGUCCGUCACUUCCUCUCCAUUCAUGAGGAGGAGCGUUUCUCUGGCAGAGCAUUGGCUCGUAUCUUCCAUGGCAUAGGGAGCCCGUGUUACCCAGCUCAGGUGUAUGGAAGGGAUCGCAGGUUCUGGAGGAAAUACAUCCAUCUGGAUUUCAAUGAAAUAAUGAACCUUUCUAAAGAGGAAAUUAUCCGACUCAAAUGAGCAGGUGCCGGGAGUCCGUGAGCAGCAGAGGAUGUUG